AACAAUAAUGCAGCGUCUGCAAAUCCUCCAAGCAGCUCAGUCAGCUCUGACCUGCCGCUGAACUCGCUUCUCUUUGAAAGUUCAUGUCUCGGCGGACCUAGCAGUAGAGAGUCGCUUCCAGUAGUGGAGAGUGCCCUUGUGGAGAAGAGUGUUGUCCUCUGUGCUGCUGCUGCUGGUGUUCAGUUAGUCGUCGAAGAAGCUCGUUCGCUGGCUAGCUUCUUGCAGCAAUGGCCAACGAUGCCAGCAAACAGUUCUCCCAGCUCUCCAAUGACUUCAGUCGAGUUGUGGACGAGGUCAAGGGAACUUCACCUCUCGUGGAGGAUUUGGUAGCUCGAGCUGGCAAGCUUCAACGUCAUUUCGACGCCACGGCAUCCGCCUUGCUGGGAUUUCUUGAAGCCAUUCAGAAGAUUGCAGAUGUGGCCAGUGCUGCUAGCUCAUACGGUGGAGCAAGUGACUUGGGAACAUGUCUGACAAAGGUGGCCCUUCGGCAUCGUGCCAUAGCCGAGCAAUAUACAGCACUCUCUGGAACUAUUGGCGAGGAGGUGUGCAAGAAUCUUAUGACGAAAAUGGAGCUACGACGUAAAACACUUUUAGCCGUGGAAAAGGAACAUGACAAAGACUACAAGAAAUGGAAAGUUGACUUGAAGAAGCGAAAUGAGAGCAAUCUCAAACUGGCAAGUAAGGCCACGGCAAAGAAGAAAUCUGAGCGGAAUGUAAAUAUCCAUGAGAAGCUCGAGGAGUCUCUAGAGGAUUCGGUCGAGCUGUACGAGGAUUUCCAGACAUUUGAACAGUCGUCACUGCGCAAAAUGCUCCUAGAGGAACGAAAACACUAUGGUGUUAUCCUGGCUGCGCUGGCACCUGUCAUGGACUCAGAGGUGACCGUCUUGGAUGAGGUGUUCCACUUGCAGGAGCUCAGCUCACAUUGUAAAUCUCUCUGCUAUGAAAACCUGCCAGCACAUAGCGAACAGGCUGUCAACAAUCUUCAAUUGGACCUGGGCCGUCUCUUCAAGGAGGCACCUUGCCAGUCGCCAGCCAUUGCUCAAGCGCGCAAAGCCAAUCAGAUGAAGCGCAACAGCUUCUUGUCACUGGCUUCGGAUGCGCUGAGCAUGGACACGGUGUCUCUGAGCAGCUCGAUCAACCCGACCAUCGCCAGCGACAACCUGUCGACGGCGGCCAUAUCCGAGGGCACCGAUGUCAGCUCACCGUCGCUCAACGCCGUGCGGCUCGAUCCGGACGGCUGUCCCGGUACCGGGUCGCCUGAGCCGGCGUAUGCCGACAUCGACACCAUGCAGGACAUGUGCACGCCGGUGGCGGCGGCUGUGACGACGGGAAUACGUCACCAGCAUGUUCUUCACAUACCGCCGAUCCAGCGCGCCGACGCGGCAGCGCGGUCCGACACUGCAUCCACCGGCAGUGCGUCCGACUUGCAGAGCCUCUCCGUGUCCUCGCUCGGCAAUCAGCCCAUCAACCCGUUUGGACGCACCACCGCCCCCGAUAACAUAAGCCUGGCGUCUACGCAAACAGCAAUCGGACCAGUUGCACCGCACCUCACGUUAUCACGGACGUCGGCAAAGGAUUCGCUUGCACAGCUGGCCAAGGUGAUACCGCCAGUUGCACCGAAACCUCCUACUACAAGGGCGUCGGGUAGCCAAUUGCCAGGAGACUCGCCGCCACCACAAGAGGUUCUGUACGCUACGGCCGGAGAAGCUGAGAGCGACUGGCCAAGCCCACCACCCAUGGACCUGCCAUCUCCACCGCCGGAUAUCCUGGACCUGCCGCCGCUCGAUGACGGUCCGGCCACACCGAAGCAGAUAGUAGCGCCGCCACCGGUAAAGAGCAAGCCUGUCAGACAGAGAGCCUUUUCUGAGAAUCGUAUGUCCCAAUCUCUAGAUUUCCUCUACAACCAGACUAGACAAGCGUUAGCUACCAAAAAGCCGUCGCCGACUACCCUGCCCGAUGUGGAUGAGUUCUUCCCUCCUCCACCUCCACCAGAUGACAGUAUUUAUGAUGAAGUAGGCGCCGAUACCACAGCCGCAGUGGCAUCUAAUAUCCCCUACUCGAGCUCAUCCGGGGACAUGGUGGGACGGUUACAGCCUGCCCUGAUUCCAGCGUCCGCUUCUUUCUCCGUUUCUCACCAGCCGAGUCCGCCCGUCGAGCACCGGAGCAUCGGCAGCCUCAUCAGGCAGCGAAGUGGCUCGACGGACUCUGCGAUGAGAAAUGCAGCGGUGGCAAGCCGCUUGCCGCAGGCUGGUAGCCAGCAACGAUUACGCUCCUCCAGCCGUCCACUUGAACCUACGACUGCGUCACACCAGAUCAGCAUGGAUGUAUAACCAAUCUGUGCUGGUGCACGUUGUGUGCAUGCACACGGUGUGUGGCUUGGUGACGCCGCGCAACAACUAGCCGUUCAGUAGUGUGGAUGCCACUUAACCCUGUUACAUUUUGAACCGUGUCCUUCCCAGCGCACGCAUCCUAGGCUACUCGUGCAGCUUAUUGCUGAUGGAAUCCCGACACAUCCUACAUCCCUCUCUAACCUACACACACACACACAUCUGUGGACACAUGCACCGCGCUGUGAUUUUACGAUAUAGCUUAAUUUAACGCUAGUUCUGGAGAUAGGCUGUUGGUUUGGUCUGCUACAAGACGCUUUCACUACUCGCCUUGUAUUGUAUUCCUACGCUUCUGCUGCUGUGCAAGUUAUCCAUCUGAUUGUGGCUAAUUUAUGAAAGUCCGCAUCUAUCUGAAGAGUCUCAUCUGAAAACUUGGCCAGAAAUUGGCAAGCAGGUUUCUGUCCAGUUUUGUUCAAGUCUAAGAGCUGUAAUUGAAGGCCAUCUUCUCUCUUUCUCCCCAACCUUCUGAACACGGUAUUCUCAUUGAUGGGAGAUGUCAUACUUCGUUUCCUCUUUCCCUUGAGCUUAUUCCCGCAGUAUCUUAUUAUUGUUUUCGUUACCGAGUGCCUUGACCGCCGACAGAGAAGCUCUAUCCUCCUAAUUAUGCUGUUUCCAUGUGAUGGUGUGUAUCCAAGACUUUUUACCUUGUGAAAUUGAUGACCUAUAAUUCGUUUUGAGUGUGAUUUUCUCUCCUAUGUAACUCAGAAUCCUCUUUUUCAUGUUUAGGAGGUACUACCUAUUGCUGUAUUACAUGUGUCAACAAACCC